CUCCAAUUACAAACACUUGCAACAAUGCAUCAAAUCUAAAAUCUUCUAAUAAUUACAAAACCCAUCACUUGAUAACUUCGUCAUUGCCAGCACCUAAUCUCAUAUAUUAAACUAAAUAAUUCCCCCUAACUAACGGAUUUAACUAUGCCUACCAUGAACAAUCCGACACCCAACAAGCUUAAAACCCAGAAACCAAGCACAUUUGACAUCACAACACACACACACACACACGUUUAGACCAAAAAAAUUGGUUACCUUUAGCUUAACUCUUUCCAGUAUGGCCAAUGAAGAGGGGUGGAUUCCCAUUGUCGAAGAAGACUCGGUUGGUCGUCGAAGCGUGCCAGAUCAGAGGAGCGGUGGUUUUGAUCCACUGACUGGAGUCUACCACUCCCUCCUUCAACUUGAUAAACAUCAACAAAUCCCAACUAGGCCUGACCUUGACACAGCCACAUUUGUGCUAUCACAAUUCCCACAAGCAGACCAAGCCGAGUCACGAGUUGCACUUAUUGAUUCGGCUACUAACCACCGAAUCACUUAUGCCGAGAUGCACCGCUCAAUCAACAAGCUUGCCUCUGGCUUGUACCAUGGGCUUGGAGUCCAGAAAGGUGAUGUCGUUUUCAUCCUGUCCCCAAACUCACUCUUAUAUCCAAUUAUGUGUCUCGCUGUACUCUCCGUUGGAGCAGUUCUUACCACAGCCAACUCACUCAACACCGAGUCAGAAAUCGCCAAGCAAGUACAUGACUCGGGUGCCAAACUUGCCAUUGCUUCCCCGGAAGAGAUACACAAAAUACUCCCUACUGGAGUGCCAACGCUUCUCACUUCACGUCCGAAAGAUGACAGUGCACUUUCCAUUGAAGAGCUGAUUGAUAGCAGUGAACCACUAAAUGUGCCACAAGCCCGGCCAGCUCAGUCUGAUACCGCAGCAAUCUUAUACUCUUCAGGGACUACUGGAAAAAGCAAAGGUGUGCUACUAACACAUGGAAACAUCAUAUCUAUCAUGACACUACUCAGAUGGUCCGUGGACAUAUCAUCGUCUCAAAAUGAUGUGUUCCUCUGCUUCAUACCCAUGUUCCACAUCUACGGUCUUGCAUUUUUCGCCUUGGGAUUGUUUUGUGCGGGUAUUACCACUGUGCUGAUGCCAAGAUUUGACUUCCAAGACAUGCUCAAAGCAAUCCAAACUCAUAAGGUUAAUAAUAUUGCAGCAGUUCCACCAGUGAUACUUGGCCUAGUCAAGUAUAAUACAGGUGGAUAUGACCUGUCCUCACUGAGAAGGGUGGGCUCGGGGGCAGCACCACUGAGCAAAGAGGUGGCAGAUGGGUUCAGAGAGAAGUUUCCAUGGGUUGAGCUAAGGCCAGGCUAUGGGUUAACUGAGACUAGUGGUGGAGCAACAUUCUUUCCUUCCAAUGAACAAGCUAAGGCUCGUUUGGGCUCAUCAGGAAUGUUGAUUCCAAGCUUUAGUGCUAAGGUGGUAGAUUUUGAGACUGGAGUGGCAUUACCACCUUAUAGGGAAGGGGAGUUGUGGUUGAAGAGCCCUGCCGUAAUGAAAGGGUAUUUGGGAAAUGAGGAAGCGACAACUGCGACCAUUGACCCAGAUGGGUGGCUGAAAACUGGAGAUCUUUGUUACUUCGACGGAGAUGGAUUUCUAUACAUCGUUGAUCGGAUAAAGGAGCUUAUCAAGCACAAUGGAUAUCAGGUAAUAUCAGUAAUAUUCAAGUUAUUUGGACAGAGAGAUUAAGAUCAUAUCUGUGAACCACCAAACAAAUUGUUAUGAAUGCAAGUGCAGGUGGCACCAGCAGAACUGGAAGCACAACUUCUGACUCAUUCCCAGAUUCUUGAUGCAGCUGUUAUACCGUACUUAGCUAAACCAUCCAUCAUCUUCUUAUUCUCUCUCUCCAUUUAUCUAUCUAUCUAUCUAUCUACUAAGUAUAUACAUAUAUGUGUGUGUGUGUAAAUGCAUGUGUAAAUGUAUAAUGUACACAUGAAGAUAUAUCUGACAAAGUAAAAUCUUACAGACUUGAAGAUGAAGAAGCAGGACAGAUACCAAUGGCAUAUGUGGUGAAAGCAGCUGGUUCUGAACUCACUGAAGUCCAAGUUAUUCAAUUUGUUGCUGGCCAGGUUUGUGUUUGCCCCUCCAUCCUCUCUCCUCAGCAACUAUCACAAAAAGAUAAAACUCUAAUUCCCAGGUUUAAACUCUCAGGUAGCCCCAUACAAAAAAAUUAGAAGAGUCGCUUUCAUCAAUGCCAUCCCAAGAUCAGCUGCUGGCAAAAUUUUGCGGAAGGAUUUAGUUUCUCUAAGCAAACAGAGAGGCAUCUCCAAACUGUAACAAUCCCAUGUUGAUUUCUCCUUUUUCUACUAUAAUAUUUAGAUCUGAGAAAGGUCAUCUUAAAUGAGUGCAUUGGGUAUCCUUCAUGUUACAGCAUUACAUUGGAGGAAAAUAUAUAUAGAUACAAGAGCAUGAGUUUAAGACACAAAAAUAAUUCACAGGAUAUCCAUUCUGUAAAAGCUAUAUAUUGGCAGAAGAGACACAGAUAGGAGCAUGAGUUUAAGACAAAAAGUAUGCAUAGGGUAUCCAUCAUGUUACAGCAUUGUAUUGGCAGAAAAGAUAAAGAUAUAAGAGCAGGAGUUUAAAGACAAAAAAUAUGUUCAUGUUACAGCUAUAUAUAUAUAUAUAUAUA